AAACCCCGUUUCCACCACUUGUUUCAGUUUCCUUUGCUUUAAAUCGUAGUAUUUGUAAGGACAAACAGGGUAGCUCCUUCAUCUCCCCUGCUUCUACACCUACAAAACCUAAGAUUCCGACUUUAGUUCUUGAGGCAGCCUAAACAGGGAAAGAACAAGACAGCCUGUUUUAUCUAGGAUUUUCCGAAUGAGAUACUCGGUCGCGGAAAGGCAUCACGAUGGCAAAUAUACCGUCUUCUCUCCCUGAAGUCCGCUUUACCCUCUUUCGCCUUGCCUCAACACUUCUCCUUAGCAAUUUCUUGUCUUCUACGCUCCAAACGAACAGACGCAAAGCUACGCAGAAGCCAAAGCUCUCCUCUUUGUCGUUGUUGUCCCCGUUUCCAUGAGAAAGAUACGAGGUUUCAAGAUCGGGAAACGGCUUGUCCGGAUCUCGAGAUGGUUCUUCCGCAAAGCUCGAAACCCACAUGGGUACUGUCGCCUGACACGACGAGGAUCAUUUGGUAACUCAAACCAUGUCUCGAAGCUCAUCAGUUGGGGUCGCCGCUUGGCUAAAGGGGCUAAAUCCAUAUGCUCUGUCAAACCCGGGUCGGGCUACGUUCCUAUCGGUCAAGAUCCAAUCAACGAGAAGCUGAUGGAAGUUCCGAAAGGACACUUGGCCGUCUACGUCGGCCAAAAAGACGGCGACUUUCAUCGAGUUUUGGUGCCUAUUAUUUACUUCAACCACCCUUUGUUCGGCGAGCUAUUGAGAGAGGCUGAAGAGGAGUAUGGGUUUAGUCACCAGGGUGGCAUCACCAUUCCCUGCCGGUUCUCGGAGUUCGAGAGGGUUCAAACCCGUAUCGCCGCCGGAACCGGUGGAAAGAAAUUUGCUUGGAAGCGCCGCCACCAGCAUUGACAGGCUGCACGCCGCUGGUGGUGCCGUGGUGGUGGUACAAAUUGUUGAUUACGACGACAAUUAAGUAUGUUCAGUCACUGUGAUAAUGAUGUUCGAGUGAUUUUUGGUUUAAAAAGUAGAAUUUGUUUACAUUUCUCAUCUUACUUUUACAAAUGGUCAAAUACUUUUACUGUAAUCGGUCAGGUGUACGUACAUUUGUAGAUAAUAUUUUACUCUUAUUUGAUUAUUUCUGA